GUCUAGAUCCUAGACCAAGCGGCCUAAUAUCCCAGUUCAACCCGACGCCUACAAGCAUCGAGCAAACAAUUGCACCUAACUCAAGCCGAACACAUGCUACUAUGCACAAACAAUCGUCGACCUGCAGACACGAGUGGAGUCCAAUAAAACGGCAGGCAGCUUCCGUUUUCUAAAUGACAAUGAAAAUGCAAGUCAUUUCCCUUCUUCAUCUCAUUCUAAUCAGACGUGGCCUUUGAUUGCAUCUUAUUCAAUCACCCCAGCCCCAGAUGACACGCUCAAACGCGCUGUAGUAUUCGCUAUUCCUUCUCAGCCAUCCACAGCUGUUCCCCGUCGCAAACCCUACGCUCGCCCAAUGGGCAUCCCUUACUCCCGCACUCCCUCGAAGCCCACCACAACCUUCCGCCGCUACCCCUCCCCUCCACCAACGCCUCGCGAGCCCUACCGAUACCAGUACACUGGCAGUCGACACUAUUACGACCCGGUCUACGAUCCCUACGGCCCAUACACCUAUCCUCCCCGCAGACCACGAUACCGGUCAGCCCCCGCGGCAUACUCUAACCCAUGUACGUGUGGAGCAGACGGUAUAUACGACGGCGGAGGAGGCAGUCGUGGUAGGAGGAGAAUGGGACUACGAGGCGGAGGCGGAGGCUCCGCCGACUGUGGCGGCUGCAAGGACGGCGAAUGCGAGUGCGGCCAUGACUGCGCCUGUGGAUGCAAAGAGAAAUGCGGCUGCAAAGAUCGGGUGACCGGCACCGGGAGGAUCGGCGACGACGACUUCGAGUUCGAGUUGGGGCCGGGCGGAUGUCCCCGCGGGCAUGGCGGCGGUGGCCGGAGUCGCUUUGGUUCCACCCGAGACAACGGAGGCGGAUGCGGAGGCGGCAAUGGAAAUGGGGGAUGGAGCGGGAGGAAUACUAAGUUGCGAGGCGGCGCGGACGAUACGGAGCCGAUCGAGCGGUUGGAGCGGAAGGUUAAGGGGCUGGGGAAGCGGGUUAAUGGGCUCCAAAGGGAGGUACGAGAGGGACCGAACCCGUUUGGGGGAAGGCAGCGCGGGCGACGGAGAGGAGUAGGUGGUGGUGGUGGUGGUGGUGAUUUUGGGGACUUGGACGGUGGCGGGGAGGAAGAUAUGGCUAUGGGAGGGUCAUGGCCAGGGGUGAAUCGAAUGUCCUCUGGUAGAAGGCGCAUGACUGGGGCGGGGAUGGGCGGUAUGGGUGGCAUGGGCGGCAUGGGCGGUCGAAUGGGCGGCCUACGUGAUGGAGGAGGUGGGUGGGAUGAUAUGUUCGGCGACGACUCGGGAAUGCAAGGCGGUGGUAUGAAUAUGGGUAUGGAGCACCCGUUCGGGCGACGACAGCGGUUCGGGCGGUCUGGCCCUGGUGGUGGGCGAGGUCAGGGGGGAGGGAGAUUUGGAUUUGGAGGCCGGGGCGGAGUGGGGCUGGAGAUGGAUGAUCCGGACGCGUUCAUGCGCGGCGGACGCAACGGGUUGAAUGAUUUGGAUGACUUUGGAGGAGGCGGGCUGGGCGAUCCUGGUGAGGACUUCGAUCAUGAUAUCUAGCCUCCUGCUUGACAGCCCCGUCACAUCGACCGAACCGCAAACGCAACUACAACGGCAACGGCAAGAAAUCCUCCAAAUCCAAGCCGCAACCCCCCUCCCAACAUGCGUCCCCGAAAGAUGAAAAGAAACGACCGCCGCCGCGACAGUCCACAAAACC